GUCAAACACGUGGCGUGUAAUCAGUCAAGGUCCACUUUUAGUCGGUCGCAUUCGGGCUCCCGGCUGAUACGCCUGUGCGCGCGCGAGAAGAAUACAAGCAUAUAGGCGGGCGGGCGUAUGAAUGAAUGGAAAGCGCCCAUGAACGACGGUACAGCUAAACACAUUGGAGAGUGAUCGCAAUCUGCAAUCCCAUCAUCCAUCUUUGAUCACCUAGACAUACUGCACGAUGGCUACACGUUUCACUCCUCGUCUGUUGCAACAGACCACUCGUGGUUAUGCCACACAAGCCGCCAUCAGACCACCAAUCGCAUUACACGGUUUGGCCGGUAAAUACGCAUCAAGUGCAUUCGUUGCAGCAGCACAAAAAGAUGCAAAAUCUUUGGAAAAGUUGGAAGCCGAUUUGAAACAGAUCAAAUCUCUUAUGGGCUCUUCAGGUGCAGAAUCGAAAAAGAUUAAAGAAUUCAUCGAAAAUCCAACACUUUCUUCCGCUGAAAAGAACAAAGGUUUAAAUCAACUUUUGGGCGGUAAAGAAGGUGAAAUUACCCGUAACUUGUUCCGAGCUAUGGCCGAACAUGGUCGUUUGGGAGAAACUGAACGUGUUAUCGAAGGUUUCUUGCAAUUGAUGGGCGCUCAUCGUGGAGAGGUUGAAGUGGUUGUUACAAGUGCAACUGCAUUGGACAAACAAACUGCAUCUCGUUUGGAAUCCGCCAUCAAACAAUCUCAAUAUGCCAGCAAAGGAAAGAGCGUUAAAAUCACACAAAAGGUCAACCCAACCAUUCAAGGUGGUUUGGUCGUCGAUUUCGGAGACCGUUCAGUGGAUUUGAGCGUUAGCAGCCGUGUUAACAGACUCAACACUUUGUUGCAACAAGGUGUUUAAAUUGUGGGAUACGCAUAUGAUACUCGACUAAACAUCAAUCAAUAAAGCAUAAACUAGAUUUCCAAGCAGCGUGAGUUGGGUAAUAAAGAUAUGCCAUUGUUACUGGAUUGUGGAGAAAAGAGUGUGAUAGUGUGCUGUUGGUAAUGAGGGAGAUAAAAAUGAUGAAUGUGUGCUAUAAAACAGAUGAUGGAUACAACUAAAAAAACAAGCAAGCAAAAGAGAAAAGGACUACG